GGGGAGAGCGCGCGACCAAAGGAUGGUUCGGGAGUUGUGCUAACGGCCGCAGGGCCUGGCGAGCGCCGUGGGCGCCGUGCCGAGCCGGGCGCGCCAGGCUCCGGUUGGUUGCGGCGCGGGGCGCGGGGCGGGGCGGGCCUGAGCCCGGGGUGGAAUCAGGAAGUCGUGGCGCUGGGUUUGCUUUCAUCGGAAUAUUUACGAAACGUUUACUCCUCGGUUGCCGCCGUCUGCGAGCCUGGGUAUCUCGGAAAGCUUCCGAAGCUCCUGGUUUGGAGAUCCAGCCCUAGCACCUGUGAGGGGGCCCGCCGCCCCGUCCUCUCCCGUGCGAAGACGACCGCAGACGUAAUGGCCGCACAGUCCUCUUACGGUUCUAUACCUGCAAGCAAACUUAACGUCGCCUUAGCCCCAUUCCAUCAUGAGUGUGGCCAGGGUCGUGCGUGCCGUGUGUAAAGACAGGACCUUCUAAAAGCUUCCUAUCAGAGCAAAUACACGAACAAGUUUUAAAAUUCAGAUGGUAAAGGAAGGCUUACUUGGCGACCGGUCUGUUCCAGUUCCAAACCUCUUUCCCCCGAGGGGACAACAUUUAUCCAAUAAUAAUAAUGAUCUCUGGAUGUCGCGCUCUGCGUGAUACAGUUUGAUGUUUUUAUUUACAAUUGUUGCUUCGCCUUUCCUGUUACAAGAUCUUAGCACUUCAUUCUAAGCUUUUUUUUUUUCUCUCUAAAAGUCAUGGUUAUUGUGUGAUGUAUAAAUGUUAUGAAACUAACAGGCUUUUUUUCAUGAAUAAUUUCUAGUUAAUGUUUCUUAGCUGAAUUUAAUUUAGGCAUCUGUUUUUCGUGAAGUGGUUAGAAUUUCGAGUACUGUCUUUAUGGGUCAACUUUAAGUGUAAUUAUGAUUUCACUUUAGGGCAUGUGGACUUUAGAAAGGAGCAAUGAAAAUUAUGAAAUUAUGAAUGUUUCUUUGGAUGUUAAAUCUGUUGCACCAAGCGUGAGUUUUGUGAUCUGCCUAGAAAUCAGAGGCCAGAGGAGGAAACCAGUGCCUGGCAUUCCCACCAGCUGUCUGCCUGCCAUGAUCAAGUGCUUGUCGGUUGAAGUGCAAGCCAAAUUGCGUUCUGGUUUGGCCAUAAGCUCCUUAGGCCAAUGUGUUGAAGAACUUGUCCUCAACAGCAUCGAUGCCGAAGCAACAUGUGUGGCGGUCAGGGUGAACAUGGAAACCUACCAAGUUCAAGUGAUAGACAAUGGAUUUGGAAUGGGGAGUGUUGAUGUAGACAAGGUGGGGAAUCGUUAUUUCACCAGUAAAUGCACCUCGGUACAGGACCUGGAGAACCCAAGGUUUUAUGGUUUCCGAGGGGAGGCCUUGGCAAGUAUAGCUGACAUGGCCAGUACCAUGGAAAUUUCAUCUAAGAAAAACAGAACAAUGAAAACGUUUGUGAAACUGUUUCAGAAUGGAAAAGCUCUGAAAGCUUAUGAAGCUGAUUUGACUAGACCAAGUGCUGGGACAACAGUAACAGUCUAUAACUUAUUCUACCAGUUGCCUGUAAGGAGGAAAUGUAUGGAUCCUAGACUGGAGUUUGAGAAAGUUAGGCAAAGGAUAGAAGCUCUCUCACUCAUGCACCCUUCCAUUUCUUUCUCUUUAAGAAAUGAUGUUUCUGGUUCCAUGGUUCUUCAGCUCCCUAAAACCAAAGACAUGUGUUCCCGAUUUUGUCAAAUUUAUGGAUUGAGGAAGUCCCAGAAGUUAAGAGAAAUACAUUUUAAAUAUAAGGAGUUUGAGCUUAAUGGCUAUAUCAGCUCUGAAGCACACUACAAUAAGAAUAUGCAGUUUUUGUUUGUGAACAAAAGAUUAGUUUUAAGGACAAAGUUGCAUAAACUCAUUGACUUUUUAUUAAGGAAAGAAAGUAUUAUAUGUAAGCCAAAAAGUGGUUCUGCCAGUAGACAAAUGAAUUCAAGUCCUCGGCAUCGAUCAACCCCGGAGCUCUAUGGGAUAUACGUGAUGAAUGUGCAGUGCCCGUUCUGUGAGUAUGAUGUGUGCAUGGAGCCAGCAAAAACACUGAUUGAGUUUCAGAACUGGGAUACUCCCUUGGUUUGCAUUCAGGAAGGAGUGAAACUGUUUUUAAAGCAAGAAAAAUUAUUUGUGGAAUUAUCAGGUGAAGAUAUUAAGGAAUUUAAUGAAGAUAAUGAUUUUAAUUUAUUUGGUACUACUCUUCAGAAGCACGUAACCUCUGAUGAGAAGUGUGGCCAGGGCAGUUUCCAGGAAGCAUGCAAUAAUAUUUUGGAUUCCUAUGAAAUGUUUAACUUACAAUCAAAAGCUGUGAAAAGAAAAGUUACUAUAGAAAACAUAAACACAGAGAAUUCUAAGGGUUCAGAAGCUAUCAGAAAAAAGACACAUGAUUCAUUUUUGUCCACUCAUGAAUCAGAUGGCCCAUUGCGUAAUAAAAUGGCAGAGUCAUCUUUACUCAAUGAUAACUCUUGCCCAGAUUCAAGGAUGUUAGAACAAGAGACAGUUGAAGCAUCAGACACAAGAGAAAACAUAGAACAUAAAACUUGCCUUGAACCUAACUCUUUAGAAGAUCCACAUAGAGCCACUUCAGAAGAGUUUUCAAAUGCUUUUCAAACAUAUCAUUUAGAGAAGAAUGAGGAAGAUCUAGAAGUACAGAAAGAGAGUAUGACUGUCAAUGGCGUGGCUGCCAACAUUCUGAAAAAUAAUACCAUGCAGAAUCAACUAGAGAGACUGGGAGAUGCUACUGCAAUGGGAUGCCAGCCUCUGUCUUUUGAGACAACAUUAUUGAACGUACAUAGUGCUCAGGGAGAGAAAGAGAAAAGAAAAGCAGAGCCUGGGGAUUGUGGAGGAAGAAGCAACUUUAGUUAUGGACAAGUUAAAUUAUGUUCCACUGGCUUUAUCACUCAUGUGGUACAAAGUGAGGUGACUCAGCCCACUGGAGCAGAACCUACCUUUAAAAAUUACGUUCGACCUGGUCCUGCAAGUGCCCAAGAGAUGUUUGGAAGUGGAACACGUCAUUCAGUUGAGACUCCAGAUGUCAGAGAUUUAACCAGCAUUUUAAGUAAAGAACCUGCUCAACUGCCCAACAAAAAAUUUUGCAGAACAAAUGUAGGUAAUGGGCUCAAGAAAAGACCCAUAGCAAUUUACAGAGAUUUUGCCAUUUUUGAGGAAAGUGGUCGAAAAGCACACACAGACUGUUUAUUACCUGAUACAUCUUUCCCUUUGCAAGGACAUAUUUCAAGUGGUUGUAAGAAAACAAAUACAUUGAUUAGUUCAUCCAAACCCAUAGCCCGUAAGAAGCUAUGCUUGCGUUCACCGCUGGGGUCUUUAGAGAAGUUUAAGAGGCAGUAUGGGAAGGUUAGUUCUCUGGCUACAGAAGUGAAGGAAAGUAAUGCUGACGUCACUAACGGUCUCAGUCCUCAAGUUGUGUCUGAAUCUGACAUUCCACUGAAAGAUCAGAAUUGCUCAGACAACUCUGAUAUUUGUGAAAGUGCGGCCAUGAAGUAUAAUGCGUCCAGCGGUGGUUGUCAGCCGCUGAGUCGCAUCCUGUACUCAGAGAAGUUUCCGUUGUCUGAGGAAGAAGGUGGUUUGGAACAACAGAUGGCUCAUUUGAGAGAAAGUCCUAUACCUUUCAAGGAGUUGUCGGACUUUAACAGAAGGCCUUUGGAUGUUGAGAAGUCGCCUGAAUCACUAGCCUCUAAAUUAUCCAAACUGAAGGGUUCUGAAAAAGAGACAGAAGCAAUGGAAGUGAGUCAUUUUAAUGAACUUCCAGAUUCAAAUUCCAAUACAGAAGACAGUAAUUUGUGCAGUGGCCUAACCCUAGGUUUUUGUAAGUUACUUGAAAGUGAGCAUAAAAAAACAGAGACUGACACCAGCUCAAGAUCAAAUUCUGUUACACAGGGUAAUUCCUUCAAUAAAGGUAACGAAACACAUUCUGACAGCAAUACGACAGAGAAUUCUGUGAUACCGGAAACUCUUUUGGUUUUACCUUACAGUAAUUCUGAAGUUAUCAAUAAAAGUUCAGACAUUCUUAUCGGAGCUUCAGAACGACAGACAGGAAGUCCCGCCUCUCCCAGUAAAACGUUAAUGAGUCAGGUAGAAGAUUCCCCAGCCAAACAAAAUGAAAUUGGUUUUCAGAGUAGCGGAUCUAAAGCAAGGGCUUGUUCUGGAAAAGAAGAGUCAACCACAUCCUCCUUGGAUUGGCAGCAGCACUUUGAUGUCGCCCUGGGAAGGAUGGUUUACAUCAACAAAAUGACAGGGCUCAGCACGUUCAUUGCUCCUGCUCAGGACAUUCAGACCCCUUGUACGAAGGACCUGACAACCGUGCCUGUGGAUGUCGUGCUUGGGAAUGGGUCUCAGUACAGAUGUCAUCCUUUUAGAAGUGACCUUGUUCUUCCUUUCCUUCCAAGAGUUCAGGAGAGGACUGUGGCGAGACAGAGUGACAGAGAUACUGUGGAGGAUGCUGUUGGCAGUGAAUCCCUGAAGUCUUUGCUCUCAGAAUGGGACAACCCAGUAUUUACCCGCUACCCAGAGGUUGCUGUUGAUGUAAGCAGUGGCCAGGCUGAGAGCUUAGCGGUUAAAAUUCACAACAUUUUGUAUCCGUAUCGUUUCACCAAAGAAAUGAUUCAUUCAAUGCAGGUUCUCCAGCAAGUGGAUAACAAGUUUAUUGCCUGUUUAAUGAGCACUAAAACUGAAGAGAAUGGCAAAGCAGGAAGCCAGUGGUUGAUGAUCCAAGUGCUUGGGCUCCUGCCAGCCUUGUGGGAGACCCAGAUGGAAUUCCUGGAUCUUGGCUUCAGUCUGGUCCAGCCCUGGCCGUUGUGGCCAUUUGGUGGAAACCUGCUCGUCCUGGUGGACCAGCACGCCGCGCACGAGCGCAUCCGUCUGGAGCAGCUUCUUACUGAAUCGUAUGAGAAGCAACAACCACAAGGGUCUGGUCGGAAAAAAUUGCUGUCUUCCACCAUAAUUCCUCCACUGGAGAUAACGGUGACGGAGGAGCAAAGGAGACUCCUACGGUGUUACCACAAGAGGCUGGAAGAUCUGGGCCUUGAAUUUAUAUUUCCAGACACUAGCGAUUCUCUGAUCCUGGUGGGAAAAGUACCACUGUGCUUUGUGGAAAGAGAAGCCAAUGAACUUCGCAGAGGAAGAUCUACUGUGACCAAGAGUAUCGUGGAGGAAUUCCUUCGAGAACAAGUAGAGCUGCUCCAGACCACUGGAAGCAUCCAGGGGACGCUGCCGCUGACGGUACAGAAGGUGCUGGCCUCCCAGGCCUGCCAUGGGGCCAUUAAGUUUAAUGAUGGACUGAGCCUAGAGGAGAGUCGUCGCCUGAUUGAAGCCUUGUCCUGCUGCCAGCUGCCAUUCCAGUGUGCUCAUGGGAGACCUUCUAUGCUGCCAUUAGCCGACAUGGACCACUUGGAGCAAGAAAAGCAGAAGAAACCCAAUCUUGCUAAACUUCGCAAAAUGGCCCAGGCAUGGCGUCUCUUUGGGAAAGCAGAAGGUUGCAAUCCAAGGCAGAAUCUGCAGCAGUCGGUAACUCCUUGUGAGCCACCCUGAGUACAGAAUUACUGAUGAGUAAGAGACAGGACAGCCUAAGGAUCUGUGUGUCUCUGGACUGGAGCAGGAGCAGCGGGUAGCAGCAGCACAUUUUGCACGCCAGCCCAGCGCAUCUGAGCAGCUGCAAGGCCGCGGGGCUCUCACGUCUGUCCUCCUCUUGCUGAGUAGCUGGAUGAAAUUCAAGCCCAAAGACAGCUCAUUCAUCUGCAUCUGUGGACACAGGAGAUUACCACAUAAUAGUGACUGUUUGUAACUUGAUUCUUGAUAAAUUUUAAUGAUUAAUUGUUUGGUUGGUUUAUGUUGGAGGGAUGUGGUUUUUGUUUUUUUUCCAAUUUGCAAUUUUUUUCCAAUUUGCAAAUUUGCAUGCAUGUAAUUGAGCUGAGGCUAAACUCCAAGACCAGUCUGUCUUUCUAGACUGCUCUAGAUUCUCCCACCGGUCCCUCUUUCGCCUUCAUUCUUCACUUUCCUCUGCUGCUGCUUUGUGUUCUAAAUCACAGACUUUAAGAAUUUCUCUACUCUCAAUAAAAACAUUCCCUGAA